AUGAAGCGAACCUUGCGCUCUGUCGCAUACAGCCUCGAAGGCGACAUGUCUCCGCCACCCUCACCCUCCAAGAGGAGAAGCCCACAGUCAGACGACUCUAACUUUUCAUCACCAUCACCCACAAUACCCAUAAAACCACUGCGUUCCAGCCUGUCAAAGAAGACACCACCACCAGGCAGCAUGGCAGCCAUCAAUUCGAUGGGCAGCAGCUCUACCAACUACCAGGGCAUGUACCUCAGCUUCGUCGUCAAUGCGCUAUCAGAAAAGGAAAAGGGCAACACAGGUCCCUACUACGAGCUGCUCGUACAGUUCGCCGAGCCAUCAACCGGUAGAUCAGGAGCCUCGGUCUCGUCUUUACGGUCUUUGCUGGCUGCACUAUCCCAUGUCGUAUCGGAUCUCGACAGAUCACAUUCAAAGCUGGUCGAAAGCAUCUUUGCUCUGCCAUGGACAUCAAUGGACGACAGCUUUGCGCAGAUGUGGAUCAAGUUCGUCUGCAGUCUUGUCAGUGCUCGAAGCGAGUGGCUCUCAGUCAUCCUCACCAAAGCCACCAAGGCGUUGUCAUAUCGCCUAGAAUGGUUACCGUACCACUUUGCCGACGAGACCGGCAAGAGGUCCAUGUCGACACUCAAGCGCAAGCAGGUCUACGAGAGAGUGCAUUUGCUCAUUCGUUCGCUUCUUAGUGUCGUACCCACCCUACCAGGCGUGCUCGGUCCUCUGCUCGUCCAGUUUCUGCCACACAAGAUGGUGCAUCGCUCGGAUCAGCUGGUCUACAUGCGAAACAUCUUGCAUGUCAGCGAGUACUGUGCUGAGCUUUCAGAAGCCAUUCUUGGAGCUGUCAUUGACCGAGCCAUUCAACUCGACGUCGAGAUUCAGGUCGAGCUUGAUGAGUUCGAUGACGACGAAGCAGAAGAGCUGGGUCUGGAUUUCGACGACCCGUUCGAGCAGGCACUCGACGAUGUCGAUGACGCAGACAGCUCUGAUGAUGACGACGACGAGAGUGAUGAUGGCGACUUUGCAGACAAUCUCUCUGACCUUUCUGACGAGAACUACGAUCAAAACGUAGCAAUGACCGAGCAAAAGCAGACGCAGGAAGACCUAGAGCGAUCAAUGCGACGCAUCCGCGAAUCUGUCGCCAAGCUCGACGCUAUCAUGAUUGCCCUCUUUGAGCACCUUGGCAAGCUCGAUGCGCAGUACGUCGCUGGCUCCAACAGUCUCACUUUUAUCGCAACGAGCAACAGCCCAAUGAACGCCGACACGAACCGACGCAAUCUCUUCCAUACCCUACUGUCUAUCUUUGCACGCAACAUUCUGCCGACCUUCCGAUCUCGACACGUGCAAUUCUUGCUCUUCUGGUUCAACUCUUUAGAUCCAGAGUUCUCAGACUACUUCCUCGGCGUACUCCUCGAGAAGAGCUUGUACAGCCGAAGGGUAGAGUAUGGAGAGAAAGAAGAACCCGCAGUAAUUCGGUCGGCAGCAGCAGGGUACGUAGCAAGCUUCGUUAGCCGGGCGAGCUAUGUCGAUGGAGCAACCACGCGUGUUGUGCUGCACAACCUGUGUGCCUAUUUGGAUGCGCAUAUCGAUGAAAGCACUCGUCCAGAUACCGAGGCUGGUUCAGCAGCGCCUGGCUCGAAUGCCCAUUCGGUGUUCUAUUCGGUGGUUCAGGCAGCGUUCUAUAUCUUUUGCUUUCGAUGGAGGGAUCUAAAGAUCACCAACGAAGAUGCGGACGGAGGUGUGGGGGAUCUGGAUUACCAAGAAGCGGAUGAGAUCGGAGGAGGGAUGCACGACAGUGUUGGUAGUCUAGGACAGUUUGGUGCAGAAGCAUGGUGCGAUGGGUUGACAUCUUUGCAGAGGGCAGUGACUUGUAGGUUGAACCCACUCAAGUAUUGCUCAGCGAACGUGGUUAAGCAAUUCGCUAGAAUCGCUCAACACACUGGCUUUCUGUACUGCUAUUCGAUCAUCGAAGCGAAUAACCGCUCGGUCAGAGGGAACCGAAGCAACCCAGUCCCAAGGUCUACAUCACUCGGUCGGAUUCAACUGGAAAACGCAGGAUCAGGAACACCGAUGAGUCAAGAGGGAAGCGAUCGGGAAACACCUCGACCCGACAACCAACCCGAGCCAGAGUCAAAGAGAGCUUCAGCAGUCACCACAGCUUCAGUGCUGGAAUCAUUCUUCCCCUUCGAUCCUUACAAACUUGAAUCGUCGGCAUCGUUCAUCGAGCCUCUCUACCGCGAGUGGUCGCAAGUGGCACCAGAGAAAGAUGGAGAUGACUCAUCAGAGGAUUCGGAGCAAGACGAUGACGAGGCGGAUGAUCUCAGACGGAACGAGCCUGGUGCUGAAGGAGUGGAUAUUCCGGGUUCAAAGGGUCAAAAGAGGAGCAGCGGAGAUCAAGAGGAUGAUGAUGAGGAUGAGCAAGAGGAAGAAGAGCAAGGGAACAGCUCAUCCUUCGUCUCUCAGGUUGAGGCCAUGAGUAUCAGUCCCUAUCUUUAA